AUGUUGUUGGUGCCGCUGAAGAUAAUGUUGGUGCUGCUGAAGAUGUUGUUGGUGCUGCUGAAGAUGCUGUUGGUGCUGCUGAAGUUGUUGUUGGUGCUGCUGAAGAUGUUGUUGGUGCUGCUGAAGAUGCUGUUGGUGCUGCUGAAGAUGUUGUUAGUGCCGCUGAAGAUGUUGUUGGUGCUGCUGAAGAUGUUGUUGGUGCUGCUGAAGAUGUUGUUGGUGCUGCUGAAGAUG